AUGACCCCGGAAUUUGACCCCAUAGCUACCUAUGAGGCCUGCGCUCCUCUGCACUGGGAUGCAGAGCAGUGGGAUUUCCAGGCUUGGUCAAAGGAUGAUGAAUUCCUGACCGACGGCGAAGACCUCCAGCUCCUCCUUGAUGGGGAACUGGAUGAAGAUGACGACGACGACGUGUCCUGGGAGGGGGACUUCUCCACUUCGGAGGAAGAAGUCGAUGCCCCAUCAACCAAGGAAGACUCGGUGGCAGGAGGCUUCCUGCGUGGCAGGUUGUCGGAGGACGACAACGAUGAUGAUGAAGAGACAAAAGGUGGCAGCGGCUACAGCGGUGAUGGCGGUGGAGACGAUGGCAGCAACAUUGGUGCAGCCCCUCCGAUCAAGCGUCGCAAGGUCUUAGGCACCUACAGGUGGUAG